GAGCCUUUCCAAUUCAUGGAUAAAAAACCAAAAGAGAGGUAACUUCAUAAGACUCAGGAAAGUUUUGACAGAGACGGUAGCUGCUGCUGUUGUGGAGUUUUAUUUAUUUUUUUUUUUUAUUUUGUCCCGUCCAUGAGCUACUAAAAAAAAAAAAGAAAGAAAAAGAAAGGACGCCCGGUACGCUGCACAAUCCCAACAAGGACGCUGAAGAAACACUUCCCAGAGAAAGAGAGAAAGAGAGUGAGAGAGGCUGAGAUAGAGAUCCUAUCUCACUCUCCUAGCUGAGGUCCUCGGAAGAACGGGUCUAUCGUCUCGAAACUGCAGGACCAUGUCUAGUAAAGCAACUUUAGCACUGCUCAUCUAUGGAAUCAUAAUGCAUCACAGCAUCAACUGCUCGCCUGUAGGAAUAAGCUUUCCAAGUAUCAGACUUGACAGUGGGCUUUAUGAUGAGGGUGGUAACUCCUUGCCCUCCCUGGAUUAUGAUGGAGAUCAGUUGGAGGUGAGAAGCCCCUCUUCUGUCACAGACGACGUCUUCACCAUGUUCUACCCAGCAGAGAAAAGAAUGGAAAGGCAUGCAGACGGCAUGUUUAAUAAAGCCUACAGGAAAGCGCUGGGUCAGUUAUCAGCAAGGAAAUACCUUCAUUCUCUGAUGGCAAAACGUGUAGGUGGGGGAAAAGCGCUGGACGACAGCUCGGAGCCCCUCUCCAAGCGACACUCAGACGGGAUCUUCACAGACAGCUACAGCCGCUACAGGAAGCAAAUGGCUGUCAAGAAAUACCUGGCGGCGGUCCUGGGGAAAAGCCUUGAAGACAUAGGUAUUCACCAUAUCCUACAAGCGAUAGACUUUGACGCCCUCCCGGACGGGGAUGAGCUUGACGCUUUUUUGGGAGACUGGCUGAAACAGUUUUCUCCCGAAUUUGCGGCUUUGUGACGCAGGGGAGCAGUUUGCAGCUGUGGUGCCUUGCAUCGACUGUAACAAAAAAAAAAAAAAGAAAAAAAAACAAUAAAAAAAUGCCAUGAAUCAUGGAUGGCUAUUUAGUGGCCCUACAAUGCUGCACAUCUUUGGCGCACACUUCAUCACUAAUUUUUUGUCAUUUUCGUCUCUGUGUUUGAUAGGAUCUUUAGCUGCUUAGGCAUAAAAAAUUCCUCCUUGCACUGCUUUUUUGUUUGGCACUUUGUUUUAGUGCUCUAUGUUUGUGUGAAAACAGCGGGGGACAGGGAAGGUGGCAGUAUAAUAAUGAAAGCGCCAAUAGCCUUACGAAAAUGAAUUAUUCUUCUGAGAUACAUACAUAUAUAUAUAUAUAUAUAUUUACUGUGUGGAAAGUGAAUAUUAGAUUACUAUAAAGUUUGAGUCAAUAAAU